AUGGACAGCAGAGCAGAGAUGGAGGUUGUGAGAAGCACGAAGGGGAAUGCUGCCGGGGAGGUCAGCGUCCACGUGGUGACCACCGAGAGCACUGUGCAGAGCACCCACCUGCCAACGACUGCCUUCAUCAUACCAGCAAAUGCCACUGCCAUCAACCUUCCCACAAGCACCUUAGAAAUUCAGCGAUUCCCCCGGGAACCACAGAGAAGCACAGGGGCUGAGAGGCCAGAGAGGGGAGCGGGGAGCGAGCCCAUCACAGCUACUGUCAUUCCCCAGAUCAGCGGGGUGCAGACCUGCAGCACAGUCCGUGUGCUGGAGUGGAAAGAUGGGGUGGCUACUUUGCCUGGGAGUAACCUGCGGUUUCGAAUAAAUGAGUACGGGACGCUGAAGGUGGUGAGUGCUGAUAAGAUGCCUCCAGUGGAAGCUAUGAAGGAGGGUCACACAGAGAAAGAUGGAGACUCGGAGGUGGCACCCACCAGCAGGGACAAUCCUACUGUGGCUCAGGACGUGCCAGAGCAAACCAAACUGCCAACAGCAGAAACCAUGUGCCACUGUGAUACCUGUGGCCGGAGACACGUGUCAGAUGGAGCCCGGGAAGGCAGAGGCUUCUGCAGCGAGCACUGUCACCAGCAGUUCAAAGAAAGGUCUGUCAUUGUGGAAAACUCUGCCAGCAGCACCAAUGCCACUGACAUCCUCAAGCCGGUGAAGAAACGAAAGAGGAAGGACUACCAGAGCCCUUCAGAGGAAGAAUAUGAAUCUGAGCAAAUGGAGGAAAAGCAGGAAGAGAGGAAAAACUCUGCAGGAGACUCUGCCGUCAGCAAUCCGGAAGCUGAUGCGUGGAAUGGGAGCCAGCAUGGUGCCAGCGAGGAGAAGAAAGAAGGCUGGUCUUGGGCGUCCUACUUGGAGGAGCAGAAAGCUGUCGCUGCCCCUUUAGAUCUCUUCCAGGAUUACCAAGUAGCUUCCCAGCACAAGAACGGCUUUAAAGUGGGGAUGAAGCUGGAGGGGAUCGAUCCGCAGCACCCAUCUAUGUACUUCAUCCUGACAGUGGCUGAGGUGUGCGGUUACCGGAUGCGCCUCCACUUUGAUGGCUACUCUGAGUGCCACGAUUUCUGGCUGAAUGCUGACUCCCCUGACAUCCACCCUGCGGGCUGGUUUGAGGAGACGGGGCACAAACUCCAGCCCCCGAAAGGGGUUGUAGGUUAUAAGGAAGAAGAAUUCAGCUGGACAAACUACCUGAAGAUAACAAAGGCUCAGGCAGCUCCUAAGCACCUCUUCAUGGUCCGGAACACUCACGAGGCUUCCCCAGGCUUUGAGGUGGGCAUGAAGCUUGAAGCUGUGGACCGCAUGAACCCUUCCCUGAUCUGUGUUGCCACAGUGACUGACGUCGUGGACAAUCGCUUUUUGGUGCACUUUGACAACUGGGACGAUACUUAUGACUACUGGUGUGACCCCAGCAGUCCAUACAUCCACCCAGUCGGAUGGUGUCAGGAGCAUGGCAAACCCCUCACACCUCCUCAAGAUUAUCCUGACCCCGACAACUUCACCUGGGAAAAGUACUUAAAGGAAACUGGAGCAUCUGCUGUCCCAGCUUGGGCCUUUAAAGUGCGCCCACCCCACGGCUUCCUGGUCAACAUGAAGCUGGAGGCAGUGGACAGGAGGACUCCUUCCUUCAUCCGAGUGGCCAGUGUGGAGGAUGUGGAAGAUCACAGGAUAAAGAUCCAUUUUGAUGGCUGGAGCCACGUCUAUGAUUUCUGGAUUGACGCGGAUCAUCCGGACAUCCACCCCAUAGGCUGGUGCUCAAAAACUGGACACCCACUGCAGCCUCCUCUCAGGCCAAAGGAACCAGCCUCCUCUGCCCACGGGGGUUGCCCAACCCUGGGCUGCAAGAACAUUCCUCACACCAAGAGCUCCAAGUACAGCUUUCACCACAGGAAGUGCCCCACGCCGGGUUGCGACGGGUCAGGACACGUGACUGGGAGAUUCACAGCCCAUUACUGCCUCUCAGGGUGCCCGCUGGCGGAGAAGAACCAGGGCAGGCUUAAGGCAGACUUGUCUGACACCGAGGCCUCGACUCGCAAGAGGAACCUGAUUGGAUUCCCCCAGCGAAAGAAAUCUCGGCACCACGGGAGAGGGCGACCUCCAAAGUACCGGAAGAUCCAGCAGGAAGACUUCCAGACUAUUUCUUCAGAGAAUAUGCACCAGUCGCUCUUCAUGUCCGCCCUGUCUGCCCACCCCGACCGCUCCCUGUCUCUCUGCUGGGAGCAGCACUGCAAACUCCUGCCGGGGGUAGCUGGCAUCACAGCAACUACGGUGGCCAAGUGGACCAUUGAUGAGGUCUUUAGCUUUGUUCAGACUCUGACGGGUUGCGAGGACCAAGCCAAGCUCUUCAAGGAUGAGAUGAUCGAUGGCGAGGCGUUCCUCCUGCUGACGCAGGCUGACAUCGUCAAGAUUAUGAGUGUCAAGCUGGGCCCGGCACUCAAGAUCUACAACGCCAUCCUCAUGUUCAAGAAUGCCGAUGACACCUUAAAGUGA